ACUGAGCCAAUAGGCCUACUACAGCUAUAUUUCCAUGAUUUAUGACAGCCUAAUUUUCAUCAGGUUUCCCACCCGCAUCCCGCAAAGAAAGCCCGUGUGCGUCUGCGCCACAGGCAGCAAUCCGCUGGCUCAUGCCAGGGCUUCAUUUUCUCCAGCUGAUUCACGAGAAAUUACACCAUUCCGCUGCCUAUUGGGCGGAAUCCUGCGGGAGCUUGACACGGAGAGUGUGGCGUUUGCUGAAAUCAUAGGCGUGGUUUUGGAUGGAGAUGCUCCGUCUGCUCCCGCUGGGAUCCCCACCUGCAGCCAGUCACACCGCGUUUGUCACCGCUCCAGCUGCUAUUUUCUUGAGCUCGAGCCACUACAGCGCGAAUUUGAUUAGAUUUUUGUUUUUGUCACAGGGUAUAUUGAUUUUUCGUCUGGGGGUGUAGUGUAAUUACAGCGCUGUGGACGUACGUGCGCCCGGUUUAAUCACCUCCAGAGCGGCGACGGCGCACGGCACUUGGCGGCGGACAGCGCGUCGCUUGGCCUCCAGGCAGCAGCAGCAGCAGCAGUGGAAAAGGAGCCACGGCGGAGACCCUGGUUCAUGUGCAGGGCUGUUCGACGCGCAGGUCGUGCCCGCAGCGGUUCGCAAGGAUGGAAAAUACACGCAAGAUGCCCAAAAGAUCGCCCUGGCUCGGCUUACUUGUAGUGGCGUCUGUUUUACUUGUAGUGGACAGCAAGAAACCCAGGCAGCCUCGCUGUCCCCCAUCAUGUACAUGUACCAAAGAUAACGCGUUAUGCGAAAGCGCAGGACUGAUCCCUCGCAGCUUUCCCCCCGAUGUCAUAUCACUAUCAUUCGUCAAGUCUGAAUUCACUGAAAUCCCGAAAGAGAGCUUCAUCCACACGCCUGCCCUGCAUCUCCUCCUCUUCACAGCCAACAACCUGGAAUCUAUAAACGAGGAUGCUUUCCUUGGUCUUCCUCAUCUGGAGUAUCUGUUCAUCGAAAACAACCAAAUCAAAUCGAUUUCACCAAAUGCUUUCCGUGGCCUGAAAACCUUAGUGCACCUGAGUCUGGCCUACAAUAAUCUGGAGACUCUGCCCAAAGAUUUGUUCAAGGGUCUUGAGGCCUUGACGAAAGUAGACCUGCGAGGGAACCAGUUCAGCUGUGACUGUAAGCUGAAGUGGUUGGUGGAGUGGAUAUACAGCACCAACGCUACAGUGGAUCAGAUUUACUGUAAAGGCCCGGCCUCACAGCUGGACAAGAAGAUCAACGAUCUGGCGCCACAGUCCUUCGACUGCAUCACCACAGAGUUUGCUUCCUACCAGUCCCUAAAGUUUGAAUCCAUAUCGGUGGAGGCGUUUUCCUUUGAGAAUGACCAGUACGUUGUGUUUGCACAGCCCUUCAUUGGGAAAUGCAGCUUUCUAGAGUGGGAUCAUGUGGAGAUGGUCUUCAGAAACUUUGACGAUAUUGACAGCACAUCCACAGUGAUUUGCAAACCUCUGGUCAUUGACAACCAGCUCUUUAUCAUUGUGGCUCAGCUCUUUGGUGGCUCACAUAUCUAUAAGCGUGACACCUCUGCCAACAAAUUCAUCAAGCUCCAAGGCAUUGACAUCCUCAAAAUCCGCAAACCAAAUGAUGUGGAGACGUUCCGCAUCGAUGGAGAAUCCUUCUUCGUCAUAGCGGACAGCUCCAAAGCCGGUUCCACCACCAUCUACAAGUGGAACGGUAAUGGCUUCUACUCUCACCAAUCGCUCCACCCGUGGUACCGGGACACGGAUGUGGAGUACAUGGAGAUCUCCUCCAAACCCCACCUGAUCCUGUCCAGCAGCUCCCAGAGGCCGGUCAUCUACCAGUGGAACAAAAGCACCAAGCUGUUUGACAGACGCACUGACAUCCCAGAGAUGGAGGACGUCUACGCUGUGAAGCAUUUUCAGGUCAAAUCCGACCUCUUCAUCUGUCUGACGCGCUUCAUUGGCGACUCCAAAGUGAUGCGCUGGGACGGGGCCCUCUUCAGAGAAUUGCAGACCAUGCCCUCCCGUGGGUCCAUGGCGUUCCAGCCCUUCUCUGUGGGCAGCUGGCAGUACGCCAUCCUGGGCAGCGAUUACUCUUUCACCCAGGUGUACCGCUGGGAUGCCAAGAAGGGCGAGUUUGUCCAUUUCCAGGAAGUGAACAUCCAGGCGCCGAGGGCCUUCUCUCCUGUCUCCAUAGACAACCGGCAGUUCCUGCUGGCCUCAAGUUUCAAAGGGAAAACACAGAUUUAUGAGCACCUGGUCAUUGAUCUGAGCAACUGAGCAAUUGUUUUCUUGACUGGUUGGCUGGUUGUUUGGUUAUUUGAGUGGUUUCUGUGUUUAGAGAUUGCAACAGAUCCAGUGCUGAACAACACUGAAAGGGUUUAUCAUCAAUCGAUCCUAACUUGAGCAAGGCAGGCAUUACUCUUUUCUUUUUUUAAAUCAUCCUUUGAAAUCAGUGCAUGACACAUGCAAAGAUAAAUGCAUGUAUCUCAACCAAAUAUAUUUGGCUGAGAUGCCUGUCGAGUUCAAUGCAUGCCUCUCAAGUUAGGAUUAGAUCCAAUAUGUUGUCAAGACAUUAAUGCAUGACCAGGGCCUCACACAGGCCAUCCCAUCCUGAUGAAUGCAGCAUCCAUGCUCAUUAAUCCAUGAAAUCUUGCAUUGACCAGUAGUUUUGUGUGUGUGUGUGUGUGUGUGUGUGUGUGUGUGUGUGUAUUCAGCUUUUCAUGUGACUCUGCGAUGUUUAUACAUUUGUAAUCUCAUAUAUUUAUCUACAGAGUAAUAAUGAAAUGGUACUUUUUAACCUAUUAACAUGUUUAACUGAACAAAUCUGCCAAAACGAAAUGUUUACAAAUGUUUCUUGUCUUUCCACUUGUACGCUAAAAAGAUUUGUAAAUGAAGCUUUUGUAAGUUUAAGAGGGACCACACCAGUUAGAUACAUAUUUGUUUAGAAUUUGGAAAAUAUCAACAGAAAUGUUGUGUGAGGAUCUACCUGUAAAUCCUUGCAACUUACAUUUUUAUCAUUACUGGUUUAUAAUGUUUAAAGUAUUGAAAAUACAGUUUUUCAUAAGAAAUAUGGAAAACACUUUUGGCAAACUUGGAACUAUUUUCACACACUUAAAGGAACAGAAAUGAAAAAGUGAGGAUAUUGUUCAUAAUGCUUUGCCUUUGACUAACAUGUAUGCAAACUACAUCAAUUGUGUCAUGAUUAGGAUUAUUGACUAAUAUCAUGCUAUUUAGAGUCAAUAAAGGUUUACAUUAAUAACUGUUA